AUGGAGCUGGAAGGUAAAUCUGGCCAUAUCUGGUUGGAAUGGUACUUUGUGCUCAUGCACAGCAUGAAGAUGGAGGCUACAGACCCAAAGGAUCUCGUAUAUGGUCUUCUUGGAGUAUCCCAGCUGGACAUCAAGCCCAACUACAGAAGAGACGUUUCCGUCGGUGACGUCUACACCGAAUACGUAUCCCGCUGGCUUGCCGACCCUCGAAGCAGGAGCAGCGAGGUUUCAGAGCCUCUGGAAUUUCUCAAUGACUCCGGCUCCGCCGUCGCCGCCCCUGGCUUUCCCAGCUGGGUUCCGAACUUCGAGGCCUUCAGCCAGAGCAGGCACCGAAGGCGACUGAGUCCGUUGGCCGGCACAGUGAAGAAGGGUCUUGUUACUCUCGGAAGUUUCAAAACUGAGCGCUUUCCUACAGCUGCCGGAGCCAAACUUUUUGGUGUCGGCUAUGAGCUGGAAAACGUGGCGUCCGUGUCGGGAUGGUCCAUCGGGCAGGGCAGAACGAAUGGAGAGCUUCUCAACUUUCUGGCCUCUAAUCAUGCCACGUCCCGCUGCGGAAUUCCCUUUCUGGGCGUCUGGAUGCGGCUCAUGAUUCUUGAAACGGAUCUCGAGGUGUCUCACAAUACGGCUCGUCUUGCCUUUUAUCUUCUACACGACCUUGUUUCUCAGAAUGAGUCACCGGAACUUUCGGCCGACCAAAUCACGGUUCAACUCGGACGGACAUAUCACUCGCCCGAUGAAAUUGAGCCUUGGGAGGCUUGGAUACUACGAAGCUUUCUCUAUCGCGUCGACACCGAUGCCACGACGCCGGACUCUGGCACAAUUAACCUUCCCCACAAAGACGAAGACAUGGAGGCCGCAGCUCAGAUGAGAUUGGAAGAGACGUAUGGAAGUCUUCAAGAUUAUCACAUCUUCGAAACGGAAGGCGGUCGUGUCGGUGUCGCUCCUGAUGGAGUUGAGGUGGGUGACCCGGUCUGCAUAUUACAAGGCUGCGGUCUCCCACUCAUCUUGAAGAGAAAGAAUGGCGGAAAUUGUGAGGAAUCGGAGUAUAUCCAUUUUAGUACUUCGUUAAUUGUGGGCUUGAUGGACGGUGAGGCCGCUGGAAUUAUCGAAGAGAAGAAGUUGGAGCCGAAAACGAUAAUCAUCGUUUGA